AUGGCAACUGAACAUACCCCUUUCAUCACAGAUGAAAAUGUUUCAUGGAAACGUAUUGAACAACAAUUGGCAGGUGAUGAAGCAGAAGAGUCAUCAUUACCAUCUUUGCCACAGUCAUCGACUUCUCCUCCAGACUUGAAAAGCAAACUGACUGCUGCAGACAAAAUCACAUUGACUGAGAAGCUCCAAAAUUUCAAAAAGCUUCAUAAAGAUGAUUUCUGGGUCUUGGCAGCAACAAGGAGACAAGCAGAAGAUGAUGUUGAGCCGAUCUCCGUCGAAGAAAAGGUUAUGGCGUUUGCGUUGGGAUGCGAGUAUUAUCAUCCUUCCCAAUCUUUGAUCCUAGAUUUGGGGGAUAAAAACUGGAGUUCUGUGUUCAGUGAAGAAGACCUCGACGAAAUACGUGGUGCUGGUGGCGAUUUGCCUUGUGGUGUACCGAAAGAACUUGAACAAUGCUUUGAGUGUCUUAAAGAAUUGAAAACUGGUGCGGAGGUGUUCAAGUAUGCAAGAAGCAUUGAAAUCACCGAUCCUACCAAAGAAACAUUGAAAGUGUGGUUGUCGACCGAGCUACAAAAUAUAGCAAGUCUCUUUUUAGAAACUGGGACAUUCAAUAUUGGUAGUUUGAUGGAAUCGGACCAGUUGUACCGGUGUUUUGAUUUUUUUGCUACAGUUUUUAAAGGAAGUUCCAUCUUGGCAAAAGGAACUGAGAAGUCUAGUGAAGCCAAUGCCAGCUUGGUGAACCAAGACCGACAAUUAUCAUCUAUAAUGCCAAUAACAAACCAAAAGAUGGGAAGGCGAGUGGAUAUGCUCUUCAACUGUGGUCAUAUCGAGCUUAGUUGCACAGAAAUAGGUGCCACAAAGGACCAAACAAAGGAGAUGCACGAUAGCUUUCUCAAGAUGCCUAUUGUAUUGCACAAUAUGUUGUUGUUGGCGACUUUCAGCCCAAACCUUCUGCAUCAAUCCCAUGUGAUUGGAUACAGUAUUUCAGGUGGCUGCGUCUCCUUAUUGGAUGCCAGUAUUCCAUAG